ACAGUCGAAGAAAGUUCCUCCUUGUCACAACCAAACCUGAGAAAAAGGUUCGCGGGGUCACUGACUUCGUUAAAUAAAACGACAACUAAUCCAGGGUACGACUCCUCCUSCUUCAGAACACCAACUCCGGUCUCGGAUUUUGMAGUCCCCUUGCCUUGCUAGUUUGCGUACCGUCUUGUUCUCCCGUCCACCUAUAAUGCAAAUCGGAUGCUGAUCUCUUUUCUUCGUUUAUUUUUGUUUGCUUGAAAACGCUUUCAMCCCGGAUACUGCUUGCAUUAUUUUUAGACAGKGUCAUUUCCGAUUCCCAUUACAGAGAUCGAUUCCAAAAUGGCGGAGCAGAGAAAAGCGGUGAUUAAAAACGCCGAUAUGUCGGAGGGCAUGCAGCAAGACGCAGUAGAUAUUGCCUCAGUGGCUCUGUCGAAAUACAACAUUGAAAAGGUAAGGUCUGAAUGAAAGAUUUAGCCCGAUCGCUAUUUUUCUUGCUCGUCGACAUGUUUUCUUCUCACUUCUUGUUUCUCUUUCCAUUGUCAGGAUGUUGCUGCUCACAUCAAGAAAGAAUUUGACAAAAAAUACAACCCCACAUGGUAAGCAUUUUGUUCAGUUUGUCCUCGGAAAAAUUUGCUCUAUCGAAUGUCUUCUUUUUCCUAACUUAAUAUUCUUCUGACACCAAUYCAACACAGGCAUGUCAUUGUUGGACGAAACUUUGGGAGCUAUGUCACGCACGAGACAAAACACUUCAUAUAUUUCUAUCUCGGGCAAGUUGCAGUUCUUUUAUUCAAGAGUGGAUAAUCGAGAACUUCGGGGAAGGGAUGCAUGCCAACUUACGAUUUAUAUGGUGUCCAAACCUGGCGAAAAGAUAUCACUAACUACGCGUUUAUACUUUAACAGC